ACACCAUAAAUCCCUUUACUUCCUAUAUUAGUCCCCUAUGCACCAAAGGCAUCCUACACCAUUACAUUACUUCCCUUCUUCCCUUGUUGCAGGAAAUAACCAGAAGAAAUGGAACAAGAUCCACCAUCAACCUUCAUCCGCCCUUGCAAACGCCAAGACAACCUUGCCUCCAGCUCUCGUCCUCUCAUUCCCGGCCCAGCUGGCGCCGUCCAGGCCGCCAUGAUUCACCGCAGAUCCACCGACGACAAACCAAACAUUUCAACCCAACAAUUCGUUAGGCAAGUCCUCCAAGACGGCCACGACACCGAUCCCGAUUUCCAAUCCAAUGCUUGGCUUUCAGCCCUGCAAUUAAACGGAUCUGCCACUCCUCUGGGCGCAAUCACUCACCAUCAUGAAAGAGUAGAUCACGUCAUCGGUGUUAUCAAAUCCUGCAAUCCCAAUGGGUUUGGAGAUGCAACAGUUACACUCAAGGACCCUACGGGCACUGUUGGCGCUAGUAUCCAUCACAAGGUCUUCACUGAAAGCGUAUUUGCGAAAGACAUAACUGUUGGAUCUGUUCUGCUUCUCCAAAAGGUCGCUGUGUUCUCUCCUAGAAAGUCUAAUUGUUAUCUGAAUAAAACCUUGUCCAAUGUAGUCAAGGUAUUUUCAAAGGACAGUGCACCUCCACCUGGAAGCUUCACAAACAUAACAGAAGAUUAA